AUCAUGACCGACGUCAGAGCAGAGACGGUCACAAGUGAGCAAGAGCAGGGCAUUGACGACACAGACGAGAUGUCGAUGACCGAGGCGAGCAUGCGACAAGUGUUCAUGCUCUUCGACAAGGACGAGAGCGGAACGAUAUCGACCGACGAGCUGAAAUCCGUCUUCAAGUCACUCGGUCAGAACCCGAAUAUGGCAGAACUACAGGCAAUGAUAUCAGAGGUCGAUUCCGACGGAAACGGUGAAAUCGACUUUCACGAAUUCAGUGCCAUGAUGGCGAAAUACAUGAAGAGCAGUGACGACGACUACAUUGAGCAGGUAAAGGAAGCAUUCAAAAUCAUGGACAUGGACCAGAACGGAUUCAUUGAGCCUCAGGAACUCAAAGAGGUGAUGACCCGCUUCGGCCAGCGCCUGUCGGACGUCGACGUCGAAGACAUGAUCCGAGAGGCGGACAUGGACGGAGACGGACGAGUCAAUUUCGAUGAAUUCGAAGUUUUGAUGAUGAACAGCAAAGAGCAGUUGGCACUCUAAAUCAUGUCUCAGUCAAGUGACUCUCUUCCAGUCUACCAGAUGCCUACUACACUGCACAGCAAAAAUGUAAUUCUAUACACUAGAGAUAUAAGCAGUUUUACGUACUGUAGCUAUCACUCACGUGUGAAUUCAGCUAACUCACUUUCUGAUGUCUGCUUAGUUUGUUUUCUAUAGUAACAUUGACGUCUGAAG